AUGUCUACAUCAACAAAGACUAACUACAUGCCCGCUUCGAUGAGCAGGGUGACUAAAUCUAGUACCUCAUCCGACUGCUCUACUACUCAAGUUCAUGCAUCUGGUGAUCGGACAAACAAUAGAGCGCAUAAGCGAUCUCGGUCUGGCUGCUAUACUUGUCGCUUGCGCCGAAAAAAGUGUGAUGAAAAGCGCGGAAAAUGCGGUGCUUGUGUGAAUCUCAGUGUGACAUGUGAAUACAAUCGUCCAGCAUGGUGGGGAAAUGCAGAGCAGCGAAGGAUUCAAAAGGAGCGCAUAAAGAACAAGAUCAAGCAGACCAAGUCCCUUGAGCGAAGUGGAAACAGUUCUGAUCGGUAUCGACGAUCUAAUCCAUGUCUGCCAUCGCCUUCCAGGUCCCCUUCUUAUGACAGCAACCCUACCAAUCACAUCGGAGUAUUUGACAUGACAGAUCCAUAUAGUGCAACAUAUCAACAAGGUCACUGGGUAGUUCAAGAGGAUAGACGGGAAUUUGUGGGAGAUGUUCAAAUGAGCCAUAUUACCUCCACAUCCACCUUCAACACAUUUAAUCCUGAUGUAUGCGGUCCACAAGCGCCAUACUUCGAGUUCCCCCCCGAGCAAAAAACAUACAGCAUCCCUUAUAACUACUUCACCGGUGAGCCUGAGGCCUUUAUCGACCCCUACUUAUCCGCGGAUCCCACUCCAUAUUACUUCCAAGACGAUCAGAGUGAGGAGCAGCGACUUCUCAUGAACAUUCCCGUCGAAGAGAAGGAUAGACCUCUUCUUGAUUACUUCGCAACCAACGUUAUGCAUCAAAUAUUUCCAGUUUUGGGAGCUCAUCCACAAGGACAUGUCCAUUCCCAAAACAUGCUACAGUCGAUGGCAAGCAGCUUAACUUACCUGCACACUUGCUUGUGUCGAGCAGCGGUUCAUCUCAAGGUUACACAGGGCCUAUCAGGACCUGAAAUCGACACAGACAUUAUACAGCACCGUCUGGCAGCCCUUCGUGAUCUUUUUGAUUCAGUACAGGUUGUCAAUGACACCCAGGAUAAGGAUGAAUAUAAGAAGGUCCUCGAUGGAUCACUUGCGAUGCUCCUGUAUCACUGCUCUCUAGGCUCAUCUGAUGAGGUUAUUCUGCCGUGCGGAGAUCAACUCAAGGUUAUUCGAGACAUCGUGAGAGAGAUGCACCUGUACGAAAAUCCCUUCGAGUAUGUCAAUGGAAUACACAGCAUGGCACUGGCUGCCUGGGUUGACAUUCUCGGUGCGACAAUGACAGGAGGUCGUCCUGAGUUUUCCGACACCUACCGCAAUCACCACCUGAGCGGGAAACCACUGGGCUUGCAAGAGUUGAUGGGAUGUGAUGACAGAAUUAUUUAUCUCAUUUCCGAGAUUGCCUGCCUCGAAUCUUUGAAGAACGAUGGUACAGUUGACAGCAUGACCCUUCACAGUCAUGUUGAGGCACUAGAAGCACAAUUGCAGUACACUGAGCCUGAAAAUCCAACUCUUGAGCAUCCAUACUCACCAAAGACUGGUGAAAUAUGCCCCCAAAUACUCACCAAAAUUAUUUCAUCAAUUUUCCGUACUGCAGCUCGAAUUUAUCUGUGCAGCUUGUUACCAGGAUAUGACCGCCACCAAAAGUCAGUUCAGGAUCUCGUCCAGAAGAUCAACGAUGAUCUUGAAUAUAUUCCUUAUGGACCUCAAGGUUUCGAUCGCUCUCUUGUCUGGCCACUCCUCAUGGCGGGUGUGAAUUCUUCACAGGGUAGUCAAUUCCGGGUCACACUUAGUCACCGUCGUGGGAUAAUGGGUGACCAUAUCGACCUUGGUGGCUUUGGAAGAUUGUGCCGCCUUCUUGAUGAAGUGUGGCGACUCUCAGAUUCCCCUUGCUAUAAGAAGGGUACGCGUAACGAAGAUUACAGCUCCUCUCUCACAAGUCCUAUCUCAAAACUUGACAGAUCCGACCCUUUCUCUCUCACAGGGACUGGUGCCACUCUGGGUGGAAGGGAGAUCAAACGUCAAGAAGUCCAUUGGAGGAAGGUUAUGGAGAAGAAGGAGUGGAAUUUCGUUCUUAUUUAA